GCCCCUGCACCGCCACCAACAAAAGACAAGGCGGGAGCAAGAAGGGGAAAUGGAUGGUGGGGCGACAUCAGCGGCGGCCAUUUUAGAGACAGCAGAGAAAGAGAAGGAAGAAAGAGAAACACAGGGGGCAGAAUUUGUGGGCACAAAUACCAUCCUCCAUCGUUUCUUCUCCCCGCUGGAAAGGUCCAAAGGAAGGAGGAAGAGAAGAGGCCGGCUGGAUUGGAAACUCCGUUUUCCAAUUCCCCAUCCUCCUCUUCCUCCCUCCCUCCCUCCUUUCCUCUCUUUAUUCAAGCCAUCUGGCCACCAUCUAUCUCUCCUUCAACCCUUGUUCAACAACGACAAGCGGAAGAACGAUCUCGCUGGAUUGAGAACCGACGCAGCUAGCAGCGCCAAGGAACAGCAGAUCCGCCGAUGCACGCGUUGUUGCAUAGAUGCCCUGCCGACGCCAUUGAUUGCCUUCUUGCUGUAGAGUGCGCGUUGAGGAAGGAGGUCGAUCGCGCCAGAGGAGGCAGGCGUGAGGGAUUGGGAGCUAAUUAAGCGCCCUCGGUGCUCCCUCUUCUUUCAUGGGAAUCCCAUUUCAGCUCCAAACCCAACAGGGAAUACAGCAAGGGAGAGCCCUACUAUCAGAAAAUAACAUAAUGAUCAAAAAGGAAUCUUCCCCGUCUGAACCUGCUGGGGGGCAACCCGUCAGAAACACAUCCACUUCGUCCAAGCCAACAAUGCCAGCAGCUGCCAAAGUUAACGCAAUGGUUGGAAAUAGAACAUGGUUUGGAGGGCUGUUCAACGGCUCAGGUAAAAGGCGUCAAGUCAAUACCGACAAGACGUUUGAAAUGACCCCUCUUCAGGAACAAAGGAUGCAAAAGUUGAAGGAAAGACUAAACAUACCUUAUGACGAAACUCGGCCGGAUCAUCUGGAAUCCCUUAAGAAGCUUUGGAAAGUUUCCUUUCCUGAUACAGAGCUCACCAGUUUAGUUUCAGAACAGUGGAAAGAUAUGGGGUGGCAGGGCCCAAAUCCUAUGACUGAUUUCAGAGGCUGCGGAUUUGUCUCGCUUGAGAAUCUUUUGUUUUUCGCAAGGAGAUACCCAGCUGCUUUCCAGAGGUUGUUACUGAAAACACAAGGAAUAAGAGCCACAUGGGAAUACCCCUUUGCCGUUGCAGGUGUUAAUGUCUCAUACAUGUUGAUUCAGCUGUUGGAGCUAAAUUCAGCGCGACCCAAAUCUUUGCCGGGGAUUAACUUCGUCAAAAUGUUGUCUGAACACGAAGAGGCGUUCGACAUCCUAUACUGUAUAGCUUUCGAGAUGAUGGAUGCUCAGUGGCUAGCGAUGCGUGCCUCCUAUAUGCAGUUCAACGAUGUGCUGGAAGCAACAAAGGCGCAGCUGGAGAGGGAGCUAUCUUUGGAGGAUCUCCAUCGGAUCCAGGACCUGCCAGCUUACAACCUUUUGUUGAAAUAGGUUGAGAGAAACAAACAAACAAAAAAGACCCAAGCUAACCCUGUAAAACUGUUCGAUUUUCUUUCUCUCCUGUAUAUCGAUGAAACAGGCAGUUUUGCUACAAAAGUCUGCAUGUUUUCACCAUUACAGAUUAUAUCGUUUUUGAUUUGAUGUGCA